UGAUGACGACCAAAGAGAGGCAUCGAUUUGCUGUUCCGCUGCGUUCUCAUUCGAUCACGGCCUGAUGUAGAUGUCCCUUUCGGGCUCCUACGUUCCGUUGUCAAGCAGAAACUCCGGCAGGACAACCCUCGACUGGCAUUGUUAUGGCACGUCUGCUUUCUGCCCACGCGUUCAUUAUGCCGGCCUCGGAACAGUAUAAAGUGUCUCGCGUACCUCGCGAUGCACUAUUCCUGUCUCCCGCUGGCAGCUCGUCCUCUCCUUCCCCGCCUGUCCUUAAGGCCUAUUUAAUACCCUGAGAUGUUAUUCCACGCGAUAACGUCGUGCUUUGCAUUUCUCUCGCCCAUUGCCGCGCAGCAGAUCUACGAUGUCUGGUCCACUACCUGGGACAGAAGUGACUUGUUCACUUAUACCAACCUGUAUCCCAACCCGAUCGACUUCACUACUCCUGGUGCCACUGGUUCAGCGGAUAUUGUGGUGACGGACACCACGCUGUACCAGAGUAUGAUUGGCUUUGGGGCUUCUUUGACCGAUUCAUCUGCGCAGCUCUUGAGUGAGCUCAAGAGUAGCGACUCGGACACGUACUGGGAUAUCAUCAACUACCUCUUCGAUCCUACCGAUGGCGCAGAUGCCGCAGGCUUCUCCUACAUCCGUGUCCCCCUUGGUGCUUCCGACUUUUCCGCCAGUGUCUACAGCUUUGAUGAUACUGAUGGUGACACUUCACUUAGCGACUUCAACAUCAACGCCGCUCCUUCCUAUUUGUAUGAUGUCCUCCAGGAUAUCGCCGGCGUCAACAGUUACCUCAAGAUUCACAUCUUGCCCUGGUCGCCGCCGGGAUGGAUGAAGGACAGCGGUACCAUGCUGGGCGGUUCGUUCCAGUCCGAAUACACUGAUACCUAUGCCAGCUAUCUGCUGAAAUGCUUGCAGGCUUACUCAGACAUGGGCUUCUCGGUUUACGCGAUUGGAGUCCAGAACGAGCCCCAGAACAGCGACUCGACGUAUCCAACGUGCUUGAUCUCUGCAUCGCAGGAAGCGGCCAUCGGUCUGCAGCUCCGUUCCCUCAUGGACUCCAACGGCUUUUCGGAUACCAUCAUCAUUGGCUACGAGCACAACUGGAAUGAUGCUGCUGACUACCCUGUCACACUCAUGCAAGAUGCGGCGAGCGCAUUUGCGGGAGUCUCCUUUCACUGCUACGCCGGCAGCGUGAGCGACCAGGAGGAGUUCUACGAUGCCUAUCCAGACAAGGACAUCUUCUUCACUGAGUGCACCGGCGAGUUCGGCAGUGAUUGGUGGAGCGAUAUCAAGUGGUACAUGGAUAAUAUCUUUAUCGGUUCUCCGAACUACUGGUCGAAGAACGGCGCCAUGUGGAAUCUUGCUCUCGAUGGAAACGGCCAGCCAACGCUCCCCGGUACCGAUAGCUGUGGCACGCCUUGCCGGCCCAUCGUGACCGUCAAUAGCAAUGGCACGUAUAAUUACAACCAGGAGUUCUAUGCUAUUGCCCAGGCGUCGAAAGCAAUCCUACCCAAGGACACAGACGGGCCGUUCGGCCAACGAGUCGAGGUUGCAGUCAACGGCGAUCUCGACUGGGGACUGAUUGUGGCUGCAUACGUGACCAACCGCACCGAUUCUACAGAUUGGCUGCGCUACAGUCUGGUCGUCCUGAACUGGGAUGAUCAACCGAGUGGAUCCUGGGACCCUACUAAUAUCACCGCUACGAUCGAAUUCCGUGGUCAACAGGCGACCUACACCUUCCCCGUCGGUGUAACCACCCUCUGGUGGUACGGUGCACCGCUCUGAACGAUUCACAACGUCAUCGCGAUAAUCGGCUCUAUGAAGACCAGAGUCUCGCACCACGAUUUUUCAACAAAGCAUCACGCUCGUUCUCGCACACAUUCGAUUAUUAUUAAAGGGAUCAAGCCACUUCCUGCGCCCUGCGGUCUUCGCAUAACAUGGACGUCGCAGGCCGGGUCGCGUCUUGUUCCAUGCCAUUCCUUCGUCCAACAGGACGCUUGUGCACGCAAUCUCUCUCUCAGGGUUUUAGGCUAACCAUAUGGUUCUUCAUGUGUGGAGGACUCGUUCUCUUGUUGAUCAAGAGUAUGCAC